GGAAGCCAUGAAGCACAUACCUGAAUGUGAAGGUUUAGUCUGAACACCACCAAAAUAUAUCGUAAACAGUCAGACUAUCUCUCCUACACCUUACAGUACCGUGGGUGAUGAGAAAUGACGGUGUCACGAUUUAUUUUAAUUGCGAAAGAGUGUCGAGUACGGUGUAAUUUAUUAUACCGUACAAGUUUGUGUGAAGCAGCAGUAAAACAGUGGAGAACACCCUGUAGGAGCCAGCACCGUCAACCUCCUCCAAGUUAUCAUCGGUCUCCAACUUCAAGAAAUAACUCUCGCUUAAUAUUAGAACAUGAAUAUGCUGUUCCAAAAGAUACUAUACUGUUUAGAUAUGAAAAUUCAAGGUUCUUCAAGUUGAUGAACAUGUUUGCAAUAUCUCAGUUUUUCUUCUGGUUGUACCUGAGCCACUUUGCGUUUACUACAAUGAGAAAUGUUCCUGUACGCACAGAAGAAGGUGAUAAAACGUUACCGUGGUGGAGAAGAAUAAAUUUUGGGGAGUAUAAAAAUGGCAUCGCAAUUGGAAGCUUCUUCAUAGGCUGGGGCACUAUGGCUAUAUGUUGGAUGUACACCCUGCGCUCUGUAAAAUAUCUUAUUCUCAAGAAAGGGGGAAAGGAUCUGGUUUUCCUAACCUUUGCACCUUUUGGUCACCACAGAUCCAUGACUGUGCCACUGGAGAAGGUCUCAGCAAAGCAAAGUCGAUUUUCGGCAAAGGUGACUCUUCCACUCAAAGUUCAGGGAAGUUACUUCCAUUAUAUCUUGGACAUGAGUGGGGAGUUCACAAAUGCUAAGCUCUUUGACUAUUCAGCAGGUCUCCAGAGGAAUUGGUCUAAAAAAUAAUUAUUUUUUUUUAUGUUCAUUAAUUGCCAGUAGGCUAAUGUACAGUUGGCCAAGCUUCGACCUUUAACAGUGUGGGUGUGUGAGGGUAAAGUUGGCUCCACUCCUGACUUUACCACCUAGCAUUGCCAAUCCUCUCUCUCUCCCUCAGGUGUGAACCCCCGAACCCUGAAGUGUGAAACCUGUAUUCACUAGUGAGCGGGAGGGAGAGUGGGGGAUGUGUCGGGGUUGGUGUCUUUGUGGGAUGUGAUGGGGUACUAGGUGGUGAAGAGGGCAAGUGUAUAUCAGUUGGGAGAAAUCACAGUGCAGAGUAACGCUUUGAUAUAGUCAGGGGUUUCAUCAGUUGAGAAUAAUAGUCUAGUGCUAAUCAUAUGAAAAUGCUAUACUGUAGUACUGUACAGUAGUUACAAUAGGAUGAGAGGGGGAUGAAUUCAUGUCCUAAGUAAGGUGUUCCUUUGUAGAAGGGGGCAUUUAUUAGCAAAUGGAUUACCGGGUAUGGAUAUAUUUGAAUCUAUACGAGAUGGAACUUCCCGUGCUGAAUAAAAUCAUCUGGUGGUAGCCAGAAUAAGGUAUAUAAAAAGACAUAGUACUGAAGGGAUUAAUAAUCAUUAAAAACAAUCAGGAAAUGGACAGCACAUAUUUAUUGUAAUAUAAACUUGAUUUGAACAAAAGUAGUUCACUUGGCAGCUGUCCGGUAUAGAAUCAGCAAACCAUAUGGUUUAAUUGUACUAAACAGUUAGGUUAAAUGGAUAACAAAUAUUGACAGUGUCAUUAUUAUUAUUAUUUUUAUCAAAUGGGCAAUUGAUGAUGCCAAAUGAUAUAGCCGUUGCUUAAAGGUCUUAAAAGUAAUAGAAUUUCUAUGUUGUGCAUGAGAGGGAACCCUCAACUCCACCUGCCCUGCCUCCACCACCCAACUCCUACUCUGGGUUGCAGACAAUUUACAGGGUAGAAUAAUGUUUCCUCUCAUUUUCAUGAGGCAGUUAUGAUAAAAAUACAAAUACAGGGCACUAGUGAUACCCAGUAUUUCAAGCAACGAUCACAAUGUUGUAAAGUAAAAUCAUAUUUGUUUGAUAAUCCAUUAUCUGGUAACCAUAUCGCAAAGGCUGACUCCUGUCAACGUGAACCGAGCACAGAAUAUAGAGAGAGCAGGCAAGUAGUAUAAGGUGCAAUUAAAAUACCCUUGUACUCAGAAUGUAUGGAAAAGGACAUUUAUUCUAAAUAACAAUACUGUGAACAAGUAGCCGAAACGAGUGACUCCCACACCAGCAACUUUUUCUAUGGCUGCCGUGACUGUAAAGAAAUAACUUAAUUAAUUUUUUGUCCUUAUUUGGGUAUGUAAUUUUGAUUUACCCUCUCACACACGAAGGGGUUCCCUUGAGCUGAAUGAAAUAGCCCGAUGUUGUAAUAAAGGGUUAAAAUUAAUUAUAUUUCACACAACAUUUCACCUUAUUCAACAAUCUACAAUGAACAUAUUAAUUACAGACCUUAAACUUAAGUUAUAAAUCAUUAAGUGGAAAUAUAAAGAAAAUUUGUAUUGGAUAUUUAUUGUUUCACACAUCUAUAGUUCAGUAACAAACAAUUUUAAAUCAUCUUAUUUCCUUACUGAGAACAGUAGUUCAGAACCGCUUCCAACCACCCUCCUUCUCAAUGACCACCUGUAGCCGGUCUGGCAUAGAAGCUCCAUGGUUCCUCACCAGUUGUGGCUUGGCCCGCAACAACUCCCACUGUGCUCUGUUGUGAUCCAUUAAUACUGCUGGAGUCCUCUCCCUCUCUGGCUCCCAAGUGUUUACAAUUGGACCCAGCUAGGAGACACGGGGCUGCGUAUGUAACUCAACAAUCCAUAUACAUGUGGACUUCCAUAUACAAAAACUUCUUACUCAACAAUCCAUAUAAACGUGGACUUCCAUAUACAAAAAUUACCUAUUUAGUCGGGAGUCAAACCCUGGAUCUCUGCUACUUCGACCACAUAGUUGGCAUGGGUAAUCCCCGAUGGAGGUUCACGUUGCUUAACAUUAAGACGAAUAAACAGGCUUUGUGUGAAAUAAAGCAAAGCCUCGGAUUGCCUUUAUUCUUCUCGUGGCUUGGUGGUAGUGAUCCCUGUUCACACGCAGAGGUCCAGGGUUCGAUUCCCAACUACUGUAUUGAGGUAUUGUUUGUACAGUAUAUGGAAGUCCUGCCAGCAAUGGAUCAACUUGAGCACAUUGGGCUGCGAAAUCCCCAGCCGUUGAGCGAUGGCCCAUUUACUAAUGCCCUCUUUGUGGAGAGCGAUGAUGCGACUGCGUUGACCGUUGACCUAGAAGGUUGUCUUGAUGGUUCAUAACGAUGGGUGUUGAAGGUCAAGAGUGACCAUGUAAUUCUUUGGGGCCACCAUAUCACCUCGGAUUAGCGGUGAUGGGCUGUCUCUAUAAUCUGUGAUUGGCUCACGCUGACCAGAGUUGCUUCUGCCCCACAGCAAACCAGAUACUGUCAUUGAAAAUCAAACAAAUAUGAUAUUACUUCAUAAUAGGAGGACACAACAUAAUUCUACUCUGUAAAUUGUCUGUGGUGGUUCAACUACCAGAGUAGGAAUUGGGUGCUGGAGGCAAGAAGGGUAAGGGGGUGAAUGGGUAGUCGAGGAUUCCUCCUGCUUCUUUGUCCAGGGUUGUCGUCGUGUCCAGUGCAUAAUAUAGAACUUUAUUAUUUAACAUUUUUAAACAACAGCUUUGCAUCACAAACUGCACAUUUGAUAAUAACAAUAAUAAUACUGUAUUAUUAUAAUUACAGUAUUAUAAUUUUUUUCUCCAAUUAACCAAACUGUAUGGCACAAAUUAUGUGGUUUGCUGAUUGUAUACCGGACUGUUGCCAACUGAACUAUUUUUUGUGCACUACAGUUUGUAUUGCUGUAAAUAAGUGUUGCCUACUUCUUGAUUGUUUUUAUUGCUAAUUAAUCCCUUUACUAUGCCUUCUGUUUAUUCAGCUGUGGAAGUUUCAUCUCAUUGUCAAUGGGUUAAACAAAACAUGAAUUUAUCCCCCUUUCAUCCUAUUGUAAAUUAAGUACUUUCGUCUGACUAGCAUUAGACGGUUACACUCAAUUGAGGAAACCCCGUCGGUAUUGUCAAAAUGUAAUUCUGCAAUGUAAGCUUUCCCAAUUAAUAUACUGUACACUUUCCGUCCUUACCCCUAGUACCCUGUCAUCCCCACCCUCCGUAGAAAGACACCUACCCCGACACACCCCACCCUUCUCCCUCCCGCUGAAUAGCGAAUAAUUCGAAUUCACACUUCAGAAUUCGGGGUUCAUACCUCAGGGAGAGAGGAUUGGCAGCCCUAAGUGGUAAAGUCAGGAGUGGAGCCAAACUGCACAAUACAGUAUGAGUGUGGGAGUGUUUAAGUUAGAAUGAAUGAGUUGUGUUGCCUUAUCACUGUUUAUGGCUGUUGUGUGUGUAUUGUUUGAGAAAUUCUUAGUGAGACCUUUUUGUAAUAACUGUAUCAUAAUAAGUGAUAAAUGUUGCAGUUAUCAGUUCAUUCAUUACAAACGAACGAAUUAUUAAGGAAUGGAAAAUGUUCCGCACCUGACCGCAGCUUGUCUGAAACUACGUCUCAUCUAUGCCAGACAGUCGGUGGGCGAUGGUUGAGGAGGGAAGAUGGACACAGUACUAGAUAUAUAUUACAACCCAACGUAAUUCUUUCCAUUUUGCCAUCUGCAGUAAUGUCCAUUUCAGUAUGUGCAAGUGUCUGUGUUUUUAUUUUUAUGCUCUGUCUGCAAAUUAUCAACAAUUAUAAAUGUUAUAGGAGUUUAUAUUAUAUAAGGUACUUCAUUGGCAAAAUAAAAUAACAUGUUACUAGACUUAUACAAUGAUGUAGCCUUUUAUAAGAUAUUGGUAAAACAUGAUGGCAUAUGGAUGAUUAUAUUCGUAAUUCUGAUAAUACAGGGCGAGUCAAAAGUCUCCAUACAUAGGCAAAAUGAUCACUUUAUUAUACAAUCACUUGUAAGUCACAAAAUAUGCUCUAUGUGGCCACCAUUACAUUUCAGCAACAUGGGGCGCCACCCCAUUACAGUAUCCGCGUAUGCCACUGGCUGGAUCAGCAAUUUCCGGCUCACUGGAUUGGCCGCCGUGGGCCCGUGGAGUGGCUUCCUAGGUCCCCAGACCUUACCCCCCCCCCCCAUUGAUUUUUACUUGUGGGGGCACUUGAAGGCCAUGGUGUACCAGGUGAAGAUACAAAACAUGAGCCACAUAAAGGAACGCAUUCAUGAUGCAUGUGCGUGCAUAACACCAGACUUGUUAACACACUUUCGCCAUGAGUGGGAGGAACGCAUCAGUAUUUGCAUUCAGUGUAAUGGUGGCCACAUAGAUCAUAUUUUGUGACUUACAAGUGAUUGCAUAAUAAAUAAGAUCAUUUUGCCUAUGUAUGGAGACUUUUGACUCACCCUGUAGAAUGGCUUUGAGAUACCAAACAUCCUAUACUGUACUGUACUUAUAUAUCUAUAUACAGUAUGUUCAGUGCUAAUACAGUACCCUUAAAACCAUUCUAAAUGAGGUACAUGUAGUAAAAUAACCAGAAUCUAGAGUGCUGCUACACGUAUUGCUGCCAUUUAAUGAUUCACUUGUUUGGAAUAAUUUAAAUUGGUGACUGCAACUGUCAUCAUUUAUUACUAUAUGGUUAUUGCAUUGAGGUUUUAUGAAUUCUUUCUCAAACAUUACUACACACAACAGCCAUAAUUAUUAUAGUACUUUUAUCAUUGAUAAAACAAACGGCUCAUUCUCUCUGACUCAAAGAAUCAGAAAUCCAUACGUUCUCUCUCUUUCUCUCUCACACACACACACCUGUGCUGUUACCACAUUUCUCAUAUCCCACUUGGCCAACUGUACAUACAAUAAAUAUAGAUACAAACUUGUUUGUUAUAAUUUUUAUUUGAAACAAUGGAUAACGUUGCGGAACAUAGUCUUGAUAUAUGUGUGUGUGUGGAAUAUAAUAUACAGUACAGGAAUGUAUGAGUUUUUCUUUAACCACUGUUGAAAAUCUAACACUUUCUCUUGUAUGUGUACAGUAUACCAUUCUUUAGGUGUCCUUUUACAAUAAACUAUAAAUGAA